UUAUGUCAACUUUCUCCGUUCCAACCACCUUCGUCAGAGCGUUCAACGAUCAACAGUGAACCAAGACUCAGCAAGCAAUUCUCAACCUGCAAAUUGCCAUUUCUACCCAAACACGCGCACAAUUUAUAUAAUAAAUAAUACAUUCACCAUCCAAUCCCAAUCACUCGAUUCAAUCAAAUUCCUCUAAGUUCGUGGCUUUAGCCGGAGCGACCCGAAUGGGCCCGAUGGAGGACCCGAAGGACUCGGUUCUGAGUCGACUCGUGGAGUCGGUGAAGGCGAUCUCCGAGUUGCCCGAGUGCGGAAACGCGUGCAAGAAGAUGUACGGAAACCUGGUGCGGAGAGUGAAGCUCCUGAGCCCGCUGUUCGAGGAGUUGAGGGACAGCGAAAAGGAGCUCGGGGAAGAGGAAGUCAAGGGCUUGGAAUCGCUGAGAAUCGCUCUGGAUUCGGCUAAGGACGUUCUCGGGUCGGUCAACGGAGGGAGCAAGCUCUACCAGGCUUUGCAAAGGGAAAAGAUUGCAGAGAAGUUUCACCAGGUGACAGAACAAAUUGAAGUAGCUUUGAGUGAGAUUCAUUAUGAUACUCUUGAUAUAUCUGAGGAGGUUCGCGAACAGAUUGAACUAGUACAUACUCAAUUCAAAAGAGCCAAAGGAAGAAAAGACUCCCUUGAUUUUCAACUGGACAUGGAUUUAGCCUUGGCACUGAAAGAAAAAGACCUUGACCCUGCCAUACUUAAAAGACUUUCAGAAAAGCUGCAUCUCAAGACUAUCAAUGAUGUAAAGAAAGAGUCACUUGCAUUCCAUGAAUUAGUUAUCUCGAGUAAUGGAGGUCCGGGGAACUGCUUUGAAGAAAUGUCAACCUUGUUUAAGAAGAUUAAGGAGUGGGUACUGGUGGCAAGUCCACAAUUUGACACCUCUGAGGGUGAAAAGGGCUUGAUUAAACACAGAUCUCCUGUUAUCCCAGAUGAUUUCAGAUGCCCAAUAUCUCUUGAAUUGAUGAAAGAUCCUGUGAUUGUCUCUACUGGACAGACUUAUGAAAGGUCCUGCAUUCAAAAAUGGCUUGAUGCGGGACAUAAAACCUGUCCCAAGACACAACAGACUCUGUUGCACACAGCCCUAACACCUAACUACGUUUUGAAGAGUCUGAUUGCUUUAUGGUGUGAGAGCAAUGGUGUUGAGCUACCAAAAAAGCAAGCGAGUUGUAGAAGCAAGAAAUUCGGAAGCAAAGCUUCUGACUGUGAUCGUGCUGCUGUUGAGGCCUUGCUGGAAAAACUUGCAAAUGGGGAUCCGGAACAGCAAAGAGCAGCUGCUGGUGAGCUCAGGUUGCUUGCAAAGAGGAAUGCGGAUAAUCGAGUGUGUAUCGCUGACGCAGGAGCCAUACCACUUCUCGUAGAACUAUUAUCCUCUCUGGAUCCCCGAGCCCAGGAGCAUGCUGUUACAGCCCUUCUCAACCUUUCCAUCAAUGAGAGUAACAAGGGAACAAUUGUAAAUGCAGGAGCCAUACCUGAUAUAGUAGAUGUGUUGAGAAAUGGCAGCAUGGAAGCUAGAGAAAAUGCAGCUGCAACUCUUUUCAGUUUAUCGGUAAUAGAUGAGUACAAGGUGAAAAUAGGGGCGGCAGGGGCUAUCCCAGCUCUUAUAACGUUGCUUUGUGAGGGGACCCCUAGAGGGAAAAAAGAUGCUGCCACCGCUAUUUUCAAUCUUUCAAUCUACCAGGGGAACAAGGCAAAGGCUGUAAAGGCUGGUAUCGUGGGCCCACUAAUGAGAUUGUUGAAGGAUGCUGGGGGUGGGAUGGUGGAUGAAGCACUAGCAAUUAUGGCCAUUCUUGCUAGUCAUCCUGAAGGGAAGACGGCAAUUGCCCAGGCCGACCCAAUUCCUGUUCUGGUGGAGGUUAUUAGAACUGGUUCCCCACGCAAUCGAGAGAAUUCUGCUGCAGUACUGUGGUCUCUAUGCACAGGUGAUUUGGAGCAGUUGAAACUAGCAAGGGAGGUUGGUGCGGAAGAGGCACUGAAGGAACUCUCGGAGAACGGCACCGACAGGGCAAAGAGAAAAGCUGGAAAUAUUUUAGAGCUCCUUCAACGAAUGGAUGAUGAGGAGGUGGAUUCAUAGAAUCCCAAGUGUGCGUUUUAGAAGUAUUUUACUGCUAUUUUUCGGAUGAAAGUAUAGCUCCUCAAUAUGCUCAAGAAAGCAGGAAAUCCAUCUGAGUUGUCUAAGAAUAUAUACUUCCAUCAGUUCAGUGCUUGGCUUGGUGUUCAUGCAGAAACAAGUAUGCGUGUGGGCUGGGAGGUGGUGUUUAAGAUGGGUUGUAGUUCAUCCAAUAGUUUGCAUCCAUGAAAAGUGAGAAAAAUAAUCGAUUGUUCCACUUCCAAAAUUUGACUAGCAUUUUCAGGACUUGGUCUUUUGCAACAAGGGGCAGCAUGACAAUCAACGUUGAUUUUCAGAAAAUUUUCAUGCCUUAUACGGGUUUUGUAAGAGGAACUGGAUUAACGAGGUACAUUUGUAACUCUACCUGUCUUGCUUCAUCAACUUUAUCUGUUGUUGUAUAUGCUUUUCACAAAAAGAAAGAAAAAAAAAAGUAUCAGGUCUCAUAUCUAUUCAUGUGUAAAUCAGAACUAAAUAUAAAUGUUGCUGUAUGUUAUUGGCAAUGUCUAUUUAUGUUACAGUGAUAAAAUUUAUGGAGGUGAAUUAUUUCAAGGAUUA